AUGGCUGGGAAUUCAAUCCUGCUUGCUGCUGUGUCCGUUCUCUCUGCCUGUCAGCAAAGUUAUUUUGCUUCACAGGUCGGGAAGGCAAGAUUAAAAUACAAAGUCACACCUCCAGCAGUUACUGGAUCACCAGAUUUUGAGAGAAUAUAUCGUGCACAAUGUUACAAUGUUGUGCUUGAGAUGACCAUCAUACUCUAUUUCUUUUUUUUUUUUUUUCCUUCUACAGUUUUUGCUUCUUUUCUGGGCCUGGUGUAUAUGUAUGCUCGCCACCAGUACUUCUGUGGCUAUUCAGAAGCUGUUAAAAAAAGGAUCACAGGUUUCCGGUUGAGUCUAGUGAUGUUGGUUGUAUUGACUCUCCUGGGCACUCUGGGCAUUGCAAACAGCUUUCUGGAUGAAUACCUGGACCUCAAUAUUGGGAAGAAAUUGAGGUGGCACCUUUAA